AUGCUUCACAAGACAAUAUGCAAGCAUCUCCUUGACCCGCUUUACGUCUACCAUUUUGUUGAUGAUCCUGUUCAGGCGGAGAAACGCGUGGUUGCAAACAGGCUGUUGAACAAGCGCAAAGGAGAAGUGAUGAAUGCAGGAAAGCAAGUCCUCGGUACCAGAAAGCCUGGUGCCAAGAAGAGGUCUGGCAAAGCUGCUAAAGCCGUUACCCCACCCACAGAUGAAGCUCCUUCAGAUACCCCAGCAAGCUCUAGCACUGGUGUUGAAGUUGGAACACUCACCCCUGACGGCCUCUCUCGGAUGGUGAAAGCCGAGCAAAUGAGCUCCUCUCCCAUGCUUAGCAUUGGUACGCCGACUCCAACAUAUACAGCAGCUGCCCAGCAGUAUUCGUCUACCCCUAUGAUGGGAAACGUUGCUAUGUCGCACCUCCACAAUCGCCGGAUGACUGCGCCCACUUCCCACCCAAGGCCUAUAAUGAUGAAUCCAAACAUGCCUUACCACACUCGUGGCAGCUCUAACAACUUUGGUACCAGCCGGAAGCGUCCCAUGGGUGACUACGAGGCCUCUUCUCCUGAGAAGCGCCAGCGCUAG